AUGGACUGUCUUUCGCACCUUCAACACUGCACACAUAUCUCAACAGGUAAGAGAUCUCCCUUCUACUGCGUUGAUCCAGAUCUGUUUUCGCAUCAACAGCUCUCUUUGCAAGACCGAUUUCUCGUGAUGCCUGACUGAUUUUCGCACAGAAUCUCUCAAGACGUAUCUCUCACAACCAUCUUCAACUACCUCCAACCACGAUUGCACCACAGAAUCUCAGAAAAGGUAGACAUCCUCUCUUUCUUCAUACACAGAAUAAGAUAGCACAAGCUAAUCCUUCCAGUCAAAAAAUCUUCAAAGGCCCCUGCGUCAACGUUGGUCAAACCACUACCACAGCGGGUGUGGAGAAUCACCAUCUGGCCCUCCAAACUUGCUGGACCCUGAUGGUAUGUUCCUGUCAUCCUGGCCCAAUUUUGAGUAUUGAAUGCUGAUUCUUUGAUGACACCAGACGUUACAAGAGCCAAAAACAUUCCGUUGUGGAGUUUCUGAUAGCACAAUCGGCCAGCCUUCUCGAUCUCAACGGCAUAGGAGUAGCAACUACCAGGUUCGCUCGCUAAGCUCCAAGACACUCACAUCAAAGACACAAACGACGACAUGGUACAUCCAGGAUCUGGCACAAGAUCCUUGGAUAGUCUGGCAACGUUUAGCGCACAGCGAGAAUCAAGAGGAGAUACAAAGGUCCAAUCUCUUCUGUGGUCAGAGAAUGAGAUGGAAUCCAAUCAGACGACCCACGCUACUUCUCACUCGGCGUCCAACCCGUAUCUCCUCGAAAUGCACGGUGAUCAACCGAUCGUUGAUUCUCCUAUUCCUCAGGGAAUCUUGGGAGCCCAAUCACCGGAUGCUGGAGGAGAGGAGGGAAUGAUGGGCGGUGGGAUAGUGGCACCUCCAUCCAUGUACGGUACCGGUCCCGAGGGCGCUUCUAAACCCCUCGUUUGUCUGAUGCUACGGCUGCUGCUACCGCUGAUGGCCCGGGUGUACAUGGUGGAGGGGGUACUGAUGAGAUGGAUCAUUGACGGUGGAUGCCUCAACCCGUGUAUAGUACUGCUCCCGAGGGCGCUUCUAAACCCCUCCUUUUUGAAUGCUGAUGGACGGGAAAUACACGGGGGUCCUGAUGGUCGCAUUGUCGAUGGGGCUCUGCAGAGGGUUACCACUCUACGAUGAACCAAAAGACCGGGGUCGGUGGGCGUCUGGUAGCGACGAGGUCAGUUCACAUGAUAACCCUCAACUGUAGACUGACCAACUAACGCGCCAUAGGAAAACCAGGGUCCGGGUCCGGGACCCGGUCAAGGAAGCCCGCCAUCGAGAAGGAGACUACCCUCGAUGCUGCCAACGAGCGGCUCGAGCACUUAGAGAUCGAUGGCCAAACCGACGUGAAAGUCACCACCCGCACCAGAGGCCAAUACCGUCAAGAAGCAGCUCGCCGAGAAGGCAAUGCCCCCCAAAAGGCCCCCUCCCAGCUAAUAUCCAAGCUUUGCUGGCGGGAAAGGGUAACGUUUUCAAUGACAAGUCGAUUGUGA